AUGUCUGGAUAUAGUGUUAGCGUUAGGGGUGUGUUUCGAUUCCAAUUAGCUCUUUACAUUUUAUUAUUGCUCAUAAUAGAAAUUAACUGCAGGAAUAUAAUACAAAGACUGAAAAGAGAGGUUGAUCAAUCAGAUGACAAUUCCAAUCCAGAAACUAGGAGGACAACAGAGGAUCGAACCGAAUCGAUUAAGUAUAGAGAAUAUUUAAAUAAUCCUCAGUUCCUGAAUUAUGGUAGCUACACUCCUCAAAGUUUCCAUUAUGUGAAUUUUCAAGAUGUAUAUACAAAUCGUAUGGAACGUUUUGAAGUUUGUGUCGAUCAAUAUAUCAAGUGCACAUAUAGUUUAGAGGCACCAACACCGGUUUGCGUAUAUAAUAAACAAAGCAUUAUUUAUCCGAAUCGAUAUACUACUUUUGAAACCUACUGCGAUGCCUAUUUGGAAAACUGCAGGAUCGGACUACGAUUUUAUCAGAUAGUGGCAUAUGGAGAAUGUAUUUUCCCAAGGUUAUUGCAAUUAUUUGUCGAAACUUACAAGGGCAACCCACUCACCAGGAUUAAUAUGAAGAUUGUUGAUUCAGUACCAUAA